AUGAUGUCUUCAUCAGCUGGCCCAUUAUCCUUACGAGAUCGUCAUAUCGCUACGUUAAAGCAAAUGCUCAACUUGAAUGCUUCUUCAUUGAGUGCAUUGAAAACAACUGGAGAAGACUUAGCUUGGAAAGUGGUGAUAUACGAUGAACUCGGUCAAGAUAUCAUUGCACCGUUACUAACGGUUAAAGAAUUACGUGAUCUAGGUGUAACACUACACGUGUCAUUAAAAUCAGAACGCGAUCCGGUUGAUGAAAUUGCUGCUGUAUAUUUUAUAAUGCCAACAAAAGAUAAUAUCAAUCGUAUAGCCAAAGACUUAGCUGAUGGUUUGUAUGAAUCAUACUACUUGAAUUUUAUUGCACCGAUCCCGCGUGAUCUUCUGGAGGAAUUAGCUACGGCUGCAUUAGAAACAAAUUCGCAACAGAGCAUAACAAAAAUUUACGAUCAAUAUCUGGAUUUUAUCACACUAGAAGAUGAUUUGUUCUGUUUAAGACAAACAGGACGAAAUAGUAUUUCUUAUUAUGCAUUGAAUCGUCCACAAAUGCGCGAUGAUGAAAUGGAUGCAAUUAUCACAACGAUUGUCGAUAGUCUAUUUUCCGUGUGUGUAACCUUAGGUUCAGUACCAAUUAUUCGCUGUCCGAAAGGUGAAGCAGCUGAAAUUAUAGGCGACAAACUGGAUAAAAAACUGAGAGACAACUUACGUGAUCCUCGAAAUAGUUUGUUCUCUUCGGAUUCCAUGGCAACGGGAGCUUUAAGCUUCCAACGUCCACUUCUUGUGAUAUUGGAUCGAAGCACAGAUUUAGCUUCUCUUCUUCAUCAUACCUGGACGUAUCAAGCCCUUGCUCAUGAUAUUUUCGAUUUUAAAUUGAACCGAGUGGAAUUCGAAGAAGUUGAUGAAUCGGUUGUGUUAAAUGAUGGACAGCAUCCAAAGAAAAAACGUUCGUAUGAUUUAAUACCAACAGAUCUAUUUUGGAAACAACAAAAGGGAAAUCCUUUUCCAAAAGUUGCGGAAGCUAUACAGGAAGAUAUCGAACGAUAUCGUCAAUCGGAAGACGAAAUUAAACGACUUAAAUCCCAAUUAGGUAUUCAAGGCGAUGCUCAAGAUCUAGCAAUUAGUUUACUGAAUGAUACUACAAAUCGAUUAACAAGUGCAGUGAGUUCGUUGCCAGAACUAUUGGAAAAAAAACGUUUGCUCGAUGCGCAUACAAACAUUGCGACUGCUGUUCUGGAUGAAAUUAAACGACGAAAGUUGGACGUUUUCUAUGAAACUGAAGAAAAACUAAUGAGUAAACAAGUACAAGAAAAAUCGCUUAUGGAAGUUCUUUCGGAUCCUGCUGCUGGGACACCGGAAGAUAAGCUUCGUCUAUUUCUAAUUCACUACAUUUGCACACCAACAAUGACACAAACUGAACUUGAUCAAUAUACAGCAGUAUUGCGAGGAUCAAACUGUACCUGUUUAGAUGCAAUUUCAUACAUCAAACGUUGGAAAAGCAUUAGUAAAAUAAGUAUUGUUUCACAAGCACGAGAAGCUGGAACGACGACAACUAUGGGAAUGUUUUCAAAUUUGGUCAAUAAGGCAUCGAAAUUUGCAAUGGAAGGUGUAAAGAAUCUUGUUAUUAAGCAAUACAAACUUCCCGUAACGAAGAUCGUUGACAAUCUUAUGGAAUGUCGUUCAUCGCCUGAAACUGACGACUACCGUUAUUUCGAUCCUAAAUUACUCCGAUCAACUGACGCCUAUUCUUUGCAUGAGGAACAUGCAAAUAUCGCUCGUAAUCGUCAAAGUUUCAAUGAUGCCAUUGUCUUCAUGGUUGGUGGUGGUAACUAUAUUGAAUAUCAAAAUUUACAAGAUUAUGUUAAACCACGUCCACCCGCACCACCCAGGCGCAUUGUCUACGGCUGCACAGAACUGGUCAAUGCAUCGCAAUUUCUUGAACAACUAGCCAAACUGGGUGAAUCAUAA